UUUCUUUCCUUAUGGAAAUAUGGGGGCAUUUAUUUAGACCUUGACACAAUAUCUAUAAAAACAUUGGAAGGCCUACCACUUAACUUUGCUGGCCUUGAAACCAAUGUGAGUGUUAAUAGUGCAAUUUUAAGUUUUAACUCAAGUGUAGAAGGACAUCUUUUGGCAGAAAAGUGUAUUAUGGAUUUGAAAAAGAAUUUUAACGGACGGUUAUGGGCUAAUAACGGCCCUGGUGUAAUAACUAGAUUGAUAAGAUCUAUAUGUAGAGUGGAAAAACACAAAGUAAUACAAGCGAAUACUUGUCACGGAUUCAGACUUUUCCCACAAUCAGCGUUUUAUCCAAUAUCAGGUCCGUCUUGGGAGAUGUAUUUUAACGAGAUCUAUCUAAAUGAAGUACUGGAACAAACUAACUCUAGUUAUGUCCUUCAUAUUUGGAACAACAAUAGUGCCAACAGAAAACUGCCAGUAGAUUCAAAAGCGCCAUACUUAUAUUUUGCCAGGAAGUAUUGUCCAAAAGUGAUUGAAGUUUGUAAAGACUUCUUUUAA